CAACGUAACCCACUCAGGUGAAACGAAAGAUGAAGAUCUCAGCAAUCUUAUUGCUUACGGCGUUUGCAUUCUCUGCCGCAAAAGAUUGCAGUCGUGUAACUGAGGAUGGGGAUUGCUGCCACUUCCCGUUCAUUUUCGCUGGUUAUCAGUUUUAUCAAUGUACUAGUUAUGGCUGGGAUAGAGACUGGUGUAGUCUCACGGAUAAUUAUGACCGGGACGGACGUUGGGGAAAUUGUCUUGAAGCCCCGAUAACAGUUCCGACGACACCCCCAACCACCCCUCCCUUACCAACCCCAGGAGGAGGAGGAUCAUCAUCAGACAGCGAUUGCGGAUCUAGACCGUCUAUGUCACGUAUUGUUGGCGGUAGCGCGGCUGAAAUAGGCAGCUGGCCGUGGCAAGCUAUGUUAGCCAGCCGUGGUGGAAGCCAGUUCUGUGGGGGAUCUCUUAUUGACGAAUAUUGGGUGUUGACGGCCGCCCACUGUGUGUACGGUUCUUCAGAAGAUCGUGUUGUUAUAAGGUUGGUGACUGAUUUUUUGUACAAAACUCUUAAACUGACUGAAAGUGCGAAGAUCGACAAGGGUGUAGGACGCGUAUGCCUGCCUGACGCAAACCUGUCCCUAGUGCCGGGAAAGAAGUGCUACAUUACAGGAUGGGGAACGCUGCAAAGCGGGGGUGAACAGCCAGAUGAACUCCAAGAAGCGUCGGUACCGAUCGUCUCUCAUGCACAAUGUCAGCAGGCCUACGGAGGAAGCAUUCAUGAGUCCAUGAUCUGCGCUGGUCUUGACAUGGGAGGAAUCGAUGCUUGCCAAGGUGACAGUGGCGGACCUAUGGUGUGCGAAUUCAGUGGCAAAUGGUACCUCGAGGGGGCUACCAGCUGGGGGCACGGAUGCGCACUACCUAACAAGUUUGGAGUUUAUGCUAAAGUGCGUUACUUGAAAGACUGGGUCACAGACAAGAUGAAAAACAACUAGAAUGAAUACCUGACGUCCAUGUUAGACUACUGACGUACCACAAAUGAAAAAAAAAAUGUGUGUUUUCUUUGGGGUAGAAAUAAUAAAGGGAUAAGAAAAUA